AUGUUGGACCCAUACUGGGACGAUGACAGAGCGUUCAAAGACUUGAAUGUUGUUGGAAUGCUGCAUCAGUUUUGGGAGCAGAAGCAGGUGAACGGAGCGGCGGUUGAACCAGAGAAUCUCGUCGUGUACGAAUCUAUUCCUUCACCCGAACCCCCGUAUGUUUGCUACGUCACCUUACCGGGCGGAAGCUGCUUUGGCAACAUUAAAUACUGUUACACUAAGGCAGAGGCUAGACGUGAUGCUGCUCGCAUUGCUCUGAUGAACUCCACAUUUAACGAGCUUCCGUGUCGGAGGAUCACGGCAGAGUUCAUUCAGCGAAGCGUGGAGGACGCUGUCACCAGCACCAGCGGAAGCCUUGAGGAUGCUUCUGAUCCCAGCACAAGCAUCGGCGCCUACUGUCUCAUGCUGGAGUCUAACUCUGGCAAAACAAUGCUGGAAUUUCAGGAAAUAAUGACAGUGUUCCAGUUAUUGCACUGGAAUGGAACACUGAAGGCCCUUCGAGAAAGAAGAUGUAGUCGCCAGAACGUCAUCAGUUACUACUCUCAGAGGCGCUUGGACGAGUGCAUCCGUUGUCACAUGGCUUUGGACUGGAUGGUGAGAGAGCGAAACAACCCCGGUGUGCUGUCCCAGGAGCUACAGCUCGCCUUAAAGGAGCUGAGCGACGCCAGACAAGCUGGCAGAGAGCUGCGUUUCUACAAGGAAAAAGCCGAAAUUCUCAGCCUCGCGUUAAGCCAGUCGUCGGUCAGAGAUCAGCACGAGUUUAGCCAAGAAUCGACAUCGGGGAUCCAAGCCCCGCUUGGGCUGGAUUACCUGGGACAUUGUAGUGAACGGUGCCUUGAAGAUUAG